AUGAACAGCGCCGAAUCCGUACACGCAUUCGACAAGCUGUUAGAUGAGCGGAAGCAUCUCUCAAUAUGCAGGCCGGCCAAAUGGCCAGCAGCUCGCAACGACCAUUACUGCGACCAAAAGGUGUGUCGUCACGCUGUCCUCGAAUUGUCCCCUAUAUAUGUCCCGUCAGACAACGAUAGCGAUGUGCAGUCGCACGCCACGCCUGGCAGCGAAUUUUACAAUACCCAAUACGGCACUAUGCCAACAGGAUACUCUGAGACUGGAAGCUACAGUCUAGGUCACACAUACCCCACCGAUGACUAUGCCGGUGGGAAUGUUCAAUUCAACUCCGCCGAAUGGAAUCAACGUGUCACCCGUCACAGGUUCGACACCGAAAACCUUCGGAAAAUGUCUGUGCUGACCGAUACAAACAUAGCCACGAACGCCACACAGGUCGUCAUCUGCGGGGUGCACGCAGAGUAUGGACUUAUUUGGCUUAUGGAAUUUAGUUUGCUUGUGAAAUGUCAGGGAUGGUUAGACGUGAGUGUCAUUCUUUAUUACCACGACAACAAGUCAUUUUCCCUCGGCCGAUAG